AUGGAUCCAGGCAUGAACCAGCUCUUAAAAUGGAGUAUCGAAAACUCCGAAAACCCUUCCGCCGACCCAACCUCCACCACCGACCCCAAAGCCGAGCGCCCCUCCGGCCGCCCCAUCAACGCCGAAGCCCUCAAUUCCCUCUUCGGAGGCCCAUCCGAUGCCGACUUAAUGAAAGAGUCCAUUGCCACUAUACUAUCACCACAGAUCACGCUCGAAAAUAAGUUAAUCGCCUUCGACAACUUCGAGCAACUGAUCGAAAACCUCGAUAAUGCGAACAAUAUGGAAGUUCUGGGUCUGUGGGCGCCACUGGUACAGCUGUUGAAGAGCGACGAAGCAGAUUUGAGGAAAUACGCGGCAUGGUGUGUGGGCACCGCCGUGCAAAACAAUGUCAAAGCUCAGGAGAGACUCUUGGCCGUGGAUGCCAUACCAGUCCUUACCCAUCUCUCGAUCGAAGACUCCAAUGAGCCUGUGAGAAGAAAGACCAUCUAUGCGUUGUCGAGCGAGAUAAGAAACUUCCAGCCAGGUCUUGAUGCAGCGUUGAAGACGUUGCCCAAGGGGAUCGCGCCUGAAGGUGCGAUCGAUGCUGGGGAUAUGGAGGCUGUGGAUCGAGUCAUUGGGCAGCUGAGGGAGGAUUCGGCGCGGAAGGCUGCUUGA